AUGGAUGUGCUUCAGUUUGACCGCCCACAAACUCGACUGGCCGGGCCGAGCCGUGUCCGUCAGGAGCAGACAGCAAGGGGGGAGGAGCUACUCGAGUUUGUGGCCGGUCAAACUGAAGCACAUCCAUUCCAGACCAGCCUCCCACACCAUCGGAGACACCAGGAUCGAUCCAAGGAGACGAUCGCACAGACAACAGGGGAGCUCCUAAUUGGAAAGGCGACAAAGCCACGUCCCGGUGAGCACAGACACUGCCAGAACUGCUUCAACAAACGAUGCCAAGCCCCCAUCAACUCUGGCGUCUCCUGCGUGAUGAUAAGCUGCCGCUCGCACUGCGGCGCCACUUUCCACAUGUGCAAGGAGGAGGAGCACCAACUGCUAUGCCCCAACGACUGGGUGCCAUGCCUCAAUUCGGUUUUCGGCUGCCCGUUUUACAUGAAUAGAUGUAAGCAGGCCAGGCACCUGAAGGUCUGCCCAGCUAGCGUGGUCUGCUGUUCCAUGGAGUGGAACCGCUGGCCCAUUCUGGAUAAGGAUCAAACUCUUUAUGAGAAUCUUCUGAAGGAGGAGGAAAGCGAGGAAUGCCUGGACUUGGCCUUAUCUCUACAGGAUCAAAAAGUCCUCUUUAGAUCGCUUAAACUGGCCGAACUUUUCCCAGAGCUCUCUGAGGAACCUCAAAAUACCAUAAGCUUGGAUAGGCCCGAUGAAGGCCUGGAGGCAGGCGCUGUUGGAGGAACUGAUCCGUCAAAUGUAACAUAUACUAGCAGUACGGAAGAGGGCGGGCUGACUCAGUUUGAGCGAGAAGCUUUGGCUCGAGGUCAACUCGACCAUGAUUUUGGUCAGUUCUCUAAGUGGGAGGCUAUGUUUAGCAAAGAGUUGAGAGCAUCUGAAUAUCUAGAGAAAGCUGCAGGUCAAAGCACUAGUGCAUCCGAUGGAACUAGUAACACGCCAGGUGGCAAACCCAAAGAAGGAGAGAAACAGCCAGAAUCUGAUGAGGCCAAAAAAGACGAAGAACUCAAGAGAACGCACAUGGAAUUACGAGAGAAGACUGGCUUGGCUCCGUGGCAGGAGGGGGUCCUGGAAAGACUGAAGUCGGAAGUAGAUUGUGGGAGCUACAACAUGUACAUUGUGCAUCACGGCAGCAUGCUUAUCCGGUUUGGACAGAUGGCGGCGUGCACUCCUAGAGAGAAGGACUUUGUGUAUGGAAACCUUGAAGCCCAGACAGUGGAGACCGUAUGCACGUUCAAAGUACCAACAAGCUACUGUGGCCGUAGAGCCAAACUUGGGGACGACAAUCACAAGAAGGAGAAAGAUGUGAAAUUGGUGGACACAUCUGACCUCGGCCUCCCGGAAGAAGACUUAUCGCAAUCUAAAAGUAUUUAUACAAUCUUGAUGUGUGCUCUAGAGAGGGAGCUUAAAGGUCACGGUGUGUCACAGAUGAAGGCCCUGGAUGGCCUGCUCAUCGAUUUCGGAACUCAGACUUAUAAUUUUGGCCAGGAUCCCUUCACUAAAAAAACUGUUUUAUUGGAUCUUAUCACGGAAAAGGAAAUGAGACGCUUGGGUCUCAAACUGGAUAUUCUGAGUGAAAGUGUAAGCGGGAGACAUAACAAGAGCAACUCAUCGUUCACCUUCUCGUGCCAACUGUUCUUCCGUAGAGACGAGUUUUCCUCGCAUUUUAAGAACGCCCACUGCGACAUACAGUCCAGCCUCGGUGGCUGGUUCCAGCAACGCUGCCCGCUUGCCUACUUGGGCUGUACGUACUUGCAAAAUCGGUUUCGUCCUGCAGGGGUGAAGUCACGAGUCAUCUACAAUAAGCAGCUCAAGACAUUUGCAGUGAAGCCACUGGUGGACUGCAGUCUGUACGAUGGAGUAAGACCCAACCUUUCAAGGAGCCAUCGAGGAAAGAGCAAAGACUCCCUCUCCAACCUUCCACUUGAGGUCCUGCAACACGUCGCUGGGUUCUUGGACAGCUUUAGUCUCUGCCAGCUGUCCCAAGUCUCUUCUCUUAUGAGAGAUGUGUGCACCUCGUUGUUGCACGAGAGGGGGAUGGUCCAUCUCCUCUGGGAAAAGAAGACUUACUCUCAUGGCGGAAGUUCGUGGAGGUGUCGGAAAAAGGUCUGGAAUUUCAGCAGCCUCUUCUCUCCGGUCCACCACUGGACCUUCGACGACAUCUCUUCCGUGUCUGAACACCUCAAGGUCUGUCCUUUCAAUUCCCCAGAAAGGAAGGAGAAGCCGUUCCAGCUUCCCAGCGUGUUAGCUCCUCAACACCUUAGAAGAAAGCUGUAG